AAUGGUUUUCGCUGGAAGCCAUUGUAAAAGUCUCUCGUCUUAAGCUCCGACACUGCAUUUUCCGAGCACUCAAGAGAAAGACGAUGGGGUCGUCACAGUCUUCGCAAAUACUCGAUGAUGAAGAAGAUGAAGAAGCAGAGAGCGAAGGUGAAGAAGAAGAAGAGGAAGAUGUUAAUGGCGGAUUGAACAACAGAAGAAUCGAGCUUGACAAUCUCUUGGUCAAAAAGGUUCUUGAGCAAGAGCCUGAGAUGCUUCCUUGUCACGCCUCUGCUUCCCCACUCUCUCCUCAGCUCUCUUCUCUUGGAACUCCUCGAAUCGGACCUUCCAUCAAAGUCUGGGAUCCUUACAACGUCCUCGCGCCUCCUCCUUCUUCUCCGCCUCUCUUCUCUCGUAUCUCCGCCGCCGCGGAACACGAUCGCUCCGCCGUAACCGAAGUCUAUUUCAUCAGCCAUGGCGAAUGUGAUCUCAAUCUCAGGCCUGAUCUGAUUGGAGGUAGAUGCCACGUGGCUACUCUCACGCCCAAUGGAAAACGUCAGGCGAGAGCUCUCGCCGUCUUCUUAAACUCUGAAGGUGUUCGAUUCACCUCUGUCUUCUCUUCGCCUCUGGAUCGAGCUAGAUCCAUGGCUGUUUCCGUUUGCCAGGAAAUGAAUUUUCCGGAGGAGCAUUUGCAAGUCUCGGAUGCUGUUGUUGAGAUGAGUUUAGGGGACUGGGAAAGUUGUCAUCGGUCAGAGAUCUACACACCGGAAACUCUAAGCUUAAUAGAAAGAUGCCAACCUGAUUUCUCAGCUCCAUCCGGCGAAUCACUUAGACAAGUAGAGUUUCGGAUGGUUCAGUUUCUGAAUGGGACAGUCUCAGGCCUGUCGGAGAAGCUCAGAUCAGAACUUCUUCCAUCUACACAUCACACAAAUUCCCGAGGGUUCUCGUUAGCGAAUUCUGUUCAUCGUCCAAUUCUUACAAGGAAGAAAUCUGGGAAGAGCCGGUUUCAGGUGAUGAAUGCAACCGGUGAUCACGAGGGUAGUGAAGAGAUAUUUAGUAAUCACAAUGAUGAACAACACCUAGGUGAUAUAAACAUCAAGAGUUCUUCUUCUCAACUCUCAACCUGCAUUGGAGUUUUCACUCACUCUUUACCUAUAAAGUGUCUUCUUACCGGUAUCCUUGGAUGCAGCUCGUUAAUGACACAUAAGAUCUGUGUGGAGGAUUCAUCUGUGACCGUGUUACAGCAUUCGUGGAAAACCGGUUGGCAGGUAAAGCGGGUAAAUGACACCGCUCAUCUUAGACUGUUGUAGCAUCAUCAAAUUCUUUUACUCUCUAAAAGCUCGAACAAACAACGAGCUGGUAAAUUAUUCCAAGACCUUCACAAGUCAUCUGAGUCUGCAGAAGAAGAUCAACAAGCUUGCAGAUUACAUGCUACCGCCACGAGCCUCUUGUAUGUUUGUUUUGAGGAAGAAAAGCUAAAGAUUCGUUAAUUUUGAUGUUUCGUUGCCUUGUUCUGUUUGAUUCUUUCUAUUUGCAAGCUUCCUAAAAGAAUCUUAUGUAAUUCUUAUGCUUAUAAUCACACAAAAAAAUCUUAUAAUCUGGAUCGUUACUACUUGAUCUA